GUUUGAGAGCAGAUUACCAGAAAUAUUUGAACAUUUAAAUGAAAUAUACAGAUCAAUAACUGCGAGAUUAAAAGCUGAGACAUUCAGGCGACAAGUUAUAACAAUUCUUGGUGUUUGGGAAAAUUGGAUAGUUUUUCCACAACCAUAUAUUGAAUCAUUAAAUGAUAAAUUUAUGAAGAAUACAAAAGAGUCUAACAAUAAUGUAACUACUACAAAUACCUCAACAGAUACAAUUGAAACUAUAUCAACAGGAGAAGAAAAUACUACAGCAAUGACAACAAGACCACCUACCUCCUAA